CUCAAUUCACGAAUCCAUAUCACGGCACUUUAGAGCCUGACCAGCGUUUCUCAUUCACUUCUUAUCCAACUUUUGACAAUUAUUUUUGGAUUUGUCAGCAAAGAUGGACAAUUAUUUUGCAUUUUUAGUGCAUAAUACUGUCUGAUCAUAAGAUUUAUUUUAACCAAGAAGGUUUAAGGACUAUACUGGACAAAAUCCCACGUUAGAUUAGAUUAGAUUGAGAGUUAUCUGAUCCACAGCCGGAUCUCUGGGCUGUGUGUCUCUCAUGCUUGUGAGCAUACAUGGCUCAGCUCCAGGUCACAGGUGCGAGGUUUAGCUGGACCACUCUGCUGGCCCUGUCUCAAUUUACCUACCUGCUGUUGGGGGCCACCGUUUUCCAGUUGCUUGAGAAAGAGGCUGAGAGCAAAAAUCGCCUCCAAUUUCAAAUGGAGAAACUCUACUUUCUGGCUAAUUACACCUGCCUGGAUGGACCAGCCUUGGAGAAGUUUGUACAGGUGAUUUUAGAUGCAAGGGAAAGUGGUGUGAACCCUUCAGGAAACUCCACUAACCCGAGUAACUGGGAUUUUGGCAGUUCUUUCUUCUUUGCAGGGACAGUUGUCACCACUAUAGGCUAUGGAAAUCUCUCACCCACCACAUACCCAGGGCAGGUUUUCUGUGUGUUUUACGCCCUGUGUGGGAUCCCCCUUAACCUGGCCUUCCUCAACCAGCUUAGCAAGUGUCUCAGCGUUCAUCUGGGACGCCUGGAGAACAGGAUGAUGUCAAUGCAGUGUGUGGAGGUGCUGGCCGUGGCUUUAUUCCUACUCAUGGGCAGUCUGCUCUUCCUGAUCUUCCCACCGGUGAUCUUCAGCUACGUGGAGGGCUGGUCAUAUGGAGAGGGCUUCUACUAUGCCUUCAUAACACUCAGCACCAUUGGCUUUGGAGACUAUGUGGUCGGAAAUGGCCAGGACAAGCAAAACGUCUCUGUGUACCGCUGCCUAGCAGCAGUGUGGAUCAUCUUUGCACUGGCAUGGCUCGCCCUUCUUCUCAACAUCGGCGCCAGGAUCAUGGAGCAUUUUCUCGGCCUCAAACAGCCCCCCAUCACCUCAAGAGACGAGCGAAGGUCUUCAGUAAGGAAGCAGGAUGAGGGGCGGAGUACACCAGAGAACCAACCCCAAGAGACGGAGAAGGAAAAAGGCUUCUUUAAAAUCAGAAUGGUUUAAGCCUUGUGGUUUAAGACUCUCAAGAAAUGAGCUGUUAUUGGCUGUAAAGUGUACAUUUCAACCACUUUUUUUCAAUAUUUUCGUACAUACAAUGUGUACAUUACUGUAUCGUCUAGAUGUCAUACAUCACCUGUUGAUAAUUGUGCCAUGUUAAGGACUUGUAACAACAACUAUUAAUCUCUAUUCAUUUCAGGCCAUGC